AAAAUCGAUUAUCGUGCCAUGAAAUAUCGAUAUUCAGAAUAAUCGAUACGAUAUCGAACAUUCCUAGCGCUGACGCUUUUGUUCAGGUAGGUAUGGCAGUAAGAAGAAGCAUGGCUCCUAUCGCUAUCACCUGUAGUUGAUACGCCUUGAUUGAGUAGCAAAAUUAACAAAAUGGAUACGUGCAGUUUGUGUAAGAAAAAGUAUUGCAAACUCUAUAAUCCUAAUGAAAGAGUACUAGGCACGCAAUUGUCGGGUGCAAUAAAUUUUAUAAUUGGUGAUCAUGUUGAUUUCCCUCCAAAAUACCUAAUCUGCAUCGAAUGUUCGGUGGGUCUGAUAAACACAGAAAUUGUUGUAAAACAUCUCUCGAAAUCCUUGACCGCCACUAGAAAUUUUAAGAAAAGCCGAUCAAAAAGUGCCUCAUCGCACAACGAGCAGGAUGGAAACAAUGAAGAAUGGGAAGACCAAAGUAAAGAGAAAGCGGAUGAAGAAGUUGACAGGUCACAAAACCAAGAUGCAUCCAAACCGGAUGACGCGUCGACGUUUCUUUGUACGCACUCUGAGCUGACAACAAAAAAAGCUAACUUAUACAAAUUUCUGUCACUUUUCGGAAAUCGCAAUCGGAAAUAGGAAUGUGCAAUAUUUAAGAAAGUAUCGAUAUCAUGAAUCGAUUUAAUUCUUUGCAUGUAAAAAUGCAUAUCGGGCUGAACAAUAUCGGUAUCGGAAAAGUCGAUGUUGAAAAUCCUACUCCCAAUUGAAUAGAAUAUUAGACCUGCCUAUCAACUCACCUAAUGGUGUUAUUCCAUCUUGUAUAUUUACUGAUGCUUAAAAUGAAAUGCCGGUCGACUGUUGUCGACCUGUUUAUAUAGCAUCAAACGCGGCAUCGAAUUUACGCGUGUCAGUGUAGCUCGCUUGAAAUGCGAGUGUUUAUAUGCAACACAAGAAAUGAGUCGAUCAAACACACUUUGAAACAGAGUUUAUCCCGAUGCAACCCUGUUAAUACAUGUGUCAAUUCUUGAAAUGAACAUUGAAAAAUAAUAAUUAAAGUCUCAAACAGCCUUGUAAAAAUUAUCUUAGCUAUUAAUUUUAUAACAAAGGUUAGCAUAAAUGUAAUUUCAAGAACUAUGUAAAGGGUUUACUCAUAUAUGUAAUACUCCUAUAAUGGCAGUAAGAGCUAGUACCGUCCGAAAACACUACAGUACA